AUGUUUUAUGACUACACCUUGAAUACUAAAAACUGCAAUCACAGCACUGCAUUGUGGACGCUUUGCACAUUUUUGAACGGAAUAUGCCUUUUUCUUGUAGCCAAGGAUGUGUUAAUCAUCUAUCAGACAGAGGCAGAGCAAUGGGCAACCUACCUGAAGUCAGCCUUCGCUGGUCCCAUCCCAGAGGCCGGGAUCUGCUGCUACGACAUCGCCACCGUGUCCAGCCGACGGGACGACUUCCCCGGGCUGGACCGGUACAACUGCAAACUCCUCAUCCUCUCCAAGGGCAUGCUGGAGGGGUUUUGCCAGGGGUGGCGCUUCUUCCUGGCCCGCGUGUUGAGUCCUGCAGCUCAUGUGGUGGUGCUGCUGUGCGGGGUGGAGAGUGUGACCCCGCUGCUCGAGCUGGUGCCCCUGAGCGCUGACGAGUACCUGCAGAUCUCCAGUGAACAAGAUGUACACGAGUACCUGUCCACUGUGAUUAACAUUGUCGGAAAAGGUGUGUCAGCCACAGCAGCAAAUGUCAACCCGCUGACAUGUAAACUGUCUGGAUCAGAGCAAAAGGGCGAACGACUGCAGUCAGCGGGAGUGCACGGCGACGGAUGCAGACUUGUUCCUGCCAGAGUUCCCUGCGGGGCCUCUACCGAGGUGUUCAUUCUUUUGAAAGAUGAGGCACCCGGCGGCGACACCGAGGUGGAGUUUAAGGGUGAAAACCAGAUGCGGAGAGCGGAGCCUGUCCACUGGAAUGACCGAACCCUGUGCGUCAAUGCACCAGAUUUUCCAGCAGGGAACGUAAGAGUGACCGUGUACAGUAAUGGCGUGCCGCUGAGCAAGGCACAGCUGCAGUACUACAGUAGCAUGGAGGAAGUCGCCUGCCUUCUGUCGAGGGUCGCGGACCCCGUCGAUUUCAUGUGUCAGGCUCUGCAGCUGUCCUCUGUGGACGCGUUGGAUGAAGAGCUGUCCUCCAUGCUGCUGGAGGGAAUGCCCACUGGAGGCUUUCCUGCACUGCCGUGUGUGCACACACCCGAAAGAGAGAGCCGCAAUGCAGACGUGCCAUCGCUCCUCCACUUCGCUGCCCAGCAUGGAUUCAAGAGUGUGUCCAGCCUGCUCCUGCAGUGUCCAGGCGUCGAGCGAGCGCUGCACACGGCCAAUCGGCGCGGUCAGACUCCCGCGGAGAUUGCCAAGAUUCACGGCCAUAAGGAGCUUCACGUCUUAUUGGAGGAAAAACUGAACAUCUUCAGCCCGGGCGAAGACAGCGGCGACGUGUACGAAGUGAUGGGCCCCGCAGGGAAUCCUUCCACCGCCGCCGUACAGAGAGUGCAGCGAGCAGAGGAUGAAGGGGAGGAGGUGGAGGAACUCUACGGUCCGCUGGAGAUGAGUGAGGAAUACGAAACCAUCCUAAACUCGACAAAGACGCCGGUUAUUGCCAAUCGCCCACCAGCGCCCAAACCUCGGCCAGAGGGCACCCAGGUGAAGAAGGGCAGAACCCUCUACAUCAGAAAAGUGUUCCAGAAGAAGAAGACACCACCGGCCAACGCUGAUCUAUAUUCACUUCCCACCAUACAAGCGCCUGGGCGAGACGACAGCGCCCUCUCCACCUACGACACCUUUGUGCCAAAUCAGAUAGACGGGCUCCAGUGGCUCAGUGAGCUCCAGCGGAGGGUGAAGGCCGGCUCACUCACUGUGGACCAGGCCCUGGAGCGUUUCAGUGACUGGCAGAGGGUUCAGAAGGGCAUGGAUGCCGCCCAGAAAGAGAAGUUGAAUCAGCUGAGGGCCAGAAUCAUCAACAGCGGAGAGGACGACAGCGUCUAUGAUGAAAUCAACAUCGUUCAUUACACGCCAAGUGCCAUGGCGAAUAAAAGUCGAAGAGGAAGCCAAACGCUGGAGUCGGACUCUCCCAGCAGGCCACUCAAGGGGCAGCUGCACUCACAUUUCUUUCGGAAAGGUAACAAACGCUGAGGGUACGUCUGUGAACAAUAGGCUCCAACACUCCACAGGACUCAGCGGUUCCAGUUAUUGUACUGUUUUAAUCUAUUAAAACAUAUAUUGAUUGGAUUAUUAUCUUUGUGCAGUAUCUUUUACCAACUGCAACUGGUGAUUCAGGCCUGUGUCUUU